UUCAGUGUGCGGUGUAUGUGUGUGUAAGAGAGAGAGAUGGACAAGGUAAUAUACACAAUUCUCAUGCUUUGCUCGAUUGUACCAACUGCACUGCCGAUGGUACACGGCGACGGGCCUAGCACCAAAAAGAACUGGUUCAAAAAGCUUCCACACAAGAACCAAAAGGCAACCCACCUUCAUUUCUACCUUCAUGACAUCGUAAGUGGGCCUAACCCAACAAACAUCCCAAUCGCAAUGUCCAAUUCUACGGCCCAAUCACCUACCUACUUCGGUCUCAUUGCGGCAAUAGAUGACCCACUAACAUUAGGACCCAGCCCAGAUUCCGGGAUAGUGGGCCGAGCCCAGGGCCUCUUCGGCUCCACCUCUUUGGAGGAGAUCGCGUUUCACAUGACUUUUGAUAUCGUGUUCACUAAUGGGAAGUACAAUGGAAGCACGCUUACUGUUGUGGGUCGUAACCCGUUUUUGCGGGAGUAUCGCGAGUUGUCCAUCGUCGGUGGGUCCGGUGUUUUCCGAUUGGCUCGCGGCACAGCCAUAUUGAACACGGUAACAUAUAAUAGUACUUCCGGGGACGCUGUUGUUGAGUAUAAUGUCAUGGUUUUACAUUAAUAGACUUUUGUACGGACCAAUUGUUUCUUGUA